GAAAUCGAAAAAUACAAAUUUGUUUUUUUUUUUUUUUCGUUUAUGAUUUACGUGCAUUCUUUGAGCUGUCCACCCUUUGAUGCGAAGAUCGAAUGCUCGCACACUUGAUCGUCGUAAUCCUAGUACCGACACAAACAACAGCAAUAUGGAUCCGAUCAAGCUUCAAUUCCAUCCAAACCCGACCCAUCAUCGAUCCAAUCUCUUCCCUCGAAACCCUAAAGACAAGCCCAACAUUUUCAUCCUCGUUUCGAUCUCAAUGGCCCUAGCUUUGUUCUGUUACAUAUUCGUAUCAUCAUCUUCAUCAUCGAGCAGGUAUGGGAAUUCCGAGGAGAAGAAGAAAUUUGGGAUCGUGAUCGAUGGAGGAAGCACUGGGACUCGAAUACAUGUGUUUGAAUAUGGGAUUAAGGGUGGGAUUCCGAUUUUUGAUUUUGGGGAAAAUGGGUUGGCUUCAAUGCGGGUCAACCCGGGGCUGUCGGCGUAUUCGGACGAUCCGGAUGGGGCGGGCGGGUCUUUGGAGGAGCUGGUGGAGUUUGGGAAGAAGAGGGUUCCAAAGGAGUAUUGGAGUGAGACGGAAAUUCGGCUCAUGGCCACCGCGGGGCUCCGGAUGCUGGAUUUGGGUGUUCAAGAUCGGAUUUUGAAGUCGUGCCGGCAGAUUCUGAGGUUGUCUGGGUUCAAUUUUCACGAUGAUUGGGCGUCUGUGAUCUCUGGCUCUGAUGAAGGGAUGUAUGCUUGGGUUGUUGCAAAUUAUGCCCUGGGCACUCUCGGAGGUGAUCCUUUGAAAACAACUGGAAUCAUUGAACUCGGUGGGGCUUCUGCUCAGGUAACCUUUGUUUCAAGCGAGCCGGUGCCCACUGAGUUCUCUCGUAUUGUUCAAUUUGGGAACAUUACUUACAAUCUCUACAGUCAUAGUUUGCUUCAUUUUGGUCAGAAUGCUGCAUUUGAUCUAUUACGGGAAUCACUUGUUACAAGAGCCCCAGAAUCAGCUGCUGAAUUAAUAGAUCCCUGUACUCCUAGUGGAUAUUCACAUGACAUGAAGUCUUGGACUCUCUCUCCUGGUUCCAUGGCUGAAAAGAGUAAAGACUCGUCCGCUCUGCAACCCAAGGGUAACUUCUCAGAGUGCAGAUCUGCUGCAUUAACACUGUUGCAAAAGGGGAAAGAACAAUGUUCCUAUGAGCACUGCCACAUAGGAUCGAUAUUCAUACCCAAGCUUAAGGGGAAGCUUUUAGGCACAGAAAAUUUCUUCUAUACAUCAAAGUUCUUUGGGCUGGCCCCAAGGGCAUCUAUCUCUAAUCUGAUGACGGCUGGGCAACAAUUCUGUGAAGAGGAUUGGCAAAAGUUGAAGAUGAAAUACCACUCACAUGAGGAGGACGAUUUGAAGCGUUAUUGCUUCUCGUCUGCAUAUAUUGUGGCCCUACUUCAUGACAGCCUUGGAAUUGCUUUGGAUGAUGAAAGGAUUGGGUUUGCUAAUCAAGCGGGAGAUAUCCCACUCGAUUGGGCAUUGGGAGCUUUCAUUUUACAGAGCACGGUCAACUCAGACGCAGAACAUCCCAACUGGAUUGCCGCUGUCGUUGGCAACGAUUCAUCUACACUUUUCGCUUUGUUUGCUGUCUCCAUCGUAUUGAUUUUUAGUGCAUGGUCUUUAUCAAAAUGGAGGAAGCCCCAGUUGAAGACAAUCUAUGAUCUAGAGAAAGGAAAGUACAUAGUUAUCAAUAGAUAUUCAUAGCUUCUUUGAGAAUUGAGAGACACAGCCCAUUUGCCCGGUUUUGCAGGAUGAAGGGGCAAAUAAUCCUGAUUGCUUCGACUUUAAAACAUCAGUACGCUGCUUCAGUCUUGUUGCCUGGGCUGACCCCUUAUGAUGGCACCACAUCGAUUGGCUCGGAUCUGCAUCUUGUGGGGUUGGAGGAUAGAGGGUUGAAUGAAUAUGCCGCUGAUGUAAAGAGAUUAUAUUAUUAUUAUUAUUAUUAUUAUUUUGUAUUUAGUGGUAAUCGAUGAUUAAAACAAAGUUAGGGUUUGUAGAGUGCAGUGCCACAGUUACAGAGGAAAGAGAGUGAUGACUGUUUGUAAUUUGUUUGGACGCUUUAAUUUUUUGCUCAAUAGAGAAAAAAAUUUGUUACUCCUCAA